CCUGGCUACCAUGGGCUGCAUCCCCUGGGUACCGUGUAACUGGGCAUCCUCUGGGUGCCAUAGUCUGCAUCCCCUGUGUACUGUGAGCUGCAUCCCCUGCUGAGAUGUGACAGCCCAGACAGGAGCCCCUGUGGGUGCCCAGGUGUCCCCGCUUCCACAGUACCACCCAUCCCAUGUUGAGGUUCAAACAUCCUGCAGCUCCAGGAAAGCCACCCUGUAGCACCAAUGUGUUGUAUCCACACCCGUGCCAGGUUCUCCCAAGGGAUGCUGCAGCCUCGGGCAUCCCUGCGUCUUGUGCCAUCGUUUCCUCACCUGCUUGCCAGGCUGAGAGCUGAAGCCAGGAGCAUGUACGCAGACAUGCAGCCUAAUCAGCGCCUGGCAGACCCCGAGGGGAGUGGCAGGACGUCCCCUUGGGUGCUCUCCUCUCCCGUGACGCAGGAUGAGUCCCCGGGUCUGAAUUCAGGGCCGCGGGGUGUGCAGCGUUUGGCUGGCUGGUGAUAGGUGUGUGGUGGGGAGGAGGUCCAGCUGCUGGCUCUGUGCCUCCCACAACUGAGAGGUCCCUGUGCUAUGCAAGAAGCCAGGCUUGUGACAGCAAAGACAUCUCUGCUGCCUUUGGAAAUGCAGCUGCUCCUGGGGAGGGGUUUGGUAGUGGGACACGGUAUCUGCUGGCAGCAGCCUGCCUGCACUGGAGGGGCUGUGGUAGGGCUGGGGGCUCAUCCUGCAUCUCCUGGGCCUCCUGCUCCUUAUCUCCGCUGCCCAUGCUCCCUCCCUGCAACUUCAGGGCCUCCUGCCCCUCUGCCGAUCGCUCCAGACCCAUGGCAAUCCAGGAACAGACCCUGGGGUGCUCAGCUGGUGGUGGUGGCAGUGGUUGGGGACUUUUGGCAGGGGACGGGUGGUCUUUCACUGACCAGCAAGGGCACCAAGCGCCGGUGUGGGAUCUGCAAACACCGAUGUUGUCAUACAGACAAGCAAACUGGUGUUUUGCAAGAGUGGCUGUCUCUCUCGGUGAGGUCAGGCCCCAGUGCUCUCCUGGGGCCUCCGGCAGCCCCAGGCUGGGGCAGGGGUGCAGGCAGGGGAGGCAGCUGCCCAUGCCCCGUCCGGCAGCACCUGGCGCCUGGCAGAGCCCAGUGGCUCAGCCCCCUUGCGCUGCACGUGCAUGCGAUGCACCAGGGCAGAAGGCAAUCGUUUCCCAUCUGUGUCCUGCGCGGCAGCUGAGCCCUGAGCUGGCCCCGCUCAGCGCCCAGUCCCGGUGCUGCCGUGUGCGACAGCCACUUCAGCUCCAGCUCUCGGCGGGGCAGAGCUCACGGGGCCCCCGCUCCUGCCCACGGCCCCUGACGCCCACCCGCCAGGAGGCCAGCAACCAGCUGCCCGCAAGGUCGUCUGUCCACACCGGCUCGUUCUGACUGUGGAUUGAAGUGUGCCGGUGCUGCAGCCAGCGCAACGGAGAGCGGGCAGGUGAGAGACCCCGCGGCGGGCAGCUGCUCCAGCCUCCAGGGAUGGCCGAUAAAUGCAGCGAGGGGCUGCUGAACGGCGCCGUGCCCGGGGAGCAGGGCAAGCAGGACAAGAGCGUCAAACGUGGCAACUGGGGCAACCAGAUCGAGUUCGUCCUGACCAGCGUGGGCUACGCCGUUGGGCUGGGCAAUGUCUGGCGCUUCCCAUACCUCUGCUACCGCAAUGGGGGAGGUGCCUUCAUGUUCCCCUACUUCAUCAUGCUGGUGUUUUGCGGCAUCCCCCUCUUCUUCAUGGAGCUCUCCUUCGGGCAGUUCGCCAGCCAGGGCUGCCUCGGCGUCUGGAGGGUCAGCCCCAUGUUCAAAGGCGUGGGCUACGGGAUGAUGGUGGUGUCCACAUACAUCGGGAUCUACUACAACGUGGUGAUCUGUAUUGCCUUCUACUACUUCUUUGUGUCCAUGACGCGCGUGCUGCCCUGGACGUACUGCAGCAACCCCUGGAACACGCCUGUCUGCGCAGGGGUGCUGGACGGGAACCUCUCCAGCCAUGCCACCCUCAACCUCACCGAGGUCUUCAACACUACCCAGAAGCGCACCAGCCCUAGCGAGGAGUACUGGAGGAAUUACGUGCUGAAGCUAUCGGAUGACAUCGGGAACCUGGGCGAAGUGCGGCUGCCCCUCCUGGGCUGCCUUGGAGUCUCCUGGGUCAUCGUCUUCCUCUGCCUCAUCAAGGGUGUCAAAUCCUCAGGGAAGGUAGUGUACUUCACGGCCACCUUCCCCUACGUGGUGCUCACCAUCCUCUUCGUGCGCGGCAUCACGCUGGAGGGGGCCCUCACUGGCAUCACAUACUACCUGACACCCCAGUGGGACAAGAUCCUCAACGCCAAGGUGUGGGGUGACGCAGCCUCGCAGAUCUUCUACUCACUGGGCUGUGCCUGGGGUGGGCUCAUCACCAUGGCCUCCUACAACAAGUUCCACAACAACUGCUACCGGGACAGCAUCAUCAUCAGCAUCACCAACUGCGCCACCAGCGUCUACGCCGGCUUUGUCAUCUUCUCCAUCUUGGGCUUCAUGGCCAACCACCUGGGUGUGGAUGUCUCCAAGGUGGCUGACCAUGGCCCCGGCCUGGCCUUUGUUGCCUACCCUGAGGCACUCACCCUGCUCCCUAUCUCACCCCUCUGGUCCGUUCUUUUCUUCUUCAUGCUGAUCCUCCUGGGGCUGGGCACACAGUUCUGCUUGCUGGAGACGCUGGUCACAGCCAUUGUGGAUGAGGUGGGCAAUGAGUGGAUCAUCCGCAGGAAGACCUUCGUAACGCUGGGGGUGGCCGUGGCGGGCUUCCUGCUGGGUGUCCCGCUCACCACACAGGCUGGCAUCUACUGGCUCUUGCUGAUGGACAACUACGCUGCCAGCUUCUCCCUGGUUGUCAUCUCCUGCAUCAUGUGCGUGGCCAUCAUGUACAUCUACGGGCACCGCAACUAUUUCAAGGACAUUGAGAUGAUGCUGGGCUUCCCGCCCCCACUCUUCUUCCAGAUCUGCUGGCGCUUCAUCUCACCUGCCAUCAUCUUUUUCAUCCUGGUCUUCACAGUGAUCCAGUACCAGCCUGUCUCCUACAACGACUAUGUCUACCCCACCUGGGCCAUCAGCAUCGGCUUCCUCAUGGCACUGUCCUCCGUCAUCUGCAUCCCCAUCUACGCCAUCUACAAAGUGUGCUGCUCCGAGGGGGACACACUGCUGGAGCGCUUGAAAAAUGCUACCAAGGCAAGCAAGGACUGGGGCCCGGCGCUGGCAGAGCACCGCAGUGGGCGCUACGCCCCAGCGUUCAGCCCCUCCACUGAGUCCCACCUGGAGGUACAGCCCCUGCAGCCGGAGAAGAGCCGGAGCGAGGUGGCGGCUGCCUCCCCUGUGCAGGGCAGCAACGGCUCAGCCCACAGCCAGGACUCCAGACUGUGACCCCUGCCACCCCUGCACCCCCUCUAACCCUUCCCACGCGGUGACACUUUUCGCACCUUCCGCUGGCGGAGCCUGGCUCCGGGCUGCACCGGACCGCGGGGGGCUCUCAGCGCCUGUCCCCGAGACCCCUCCACCUCCUCUCCGGUUAACCCCCCCUGCCCCCCCAUGGCGUUCGGUAACCCUUGUGUUUACGGUAACCAUUGUGCGCAACGCUGGGACAAGAGAGGAGGGGGCACAGCCCGGGGAGGGCCGGGAGCCAGAGGCACUUUGCAGGGGCGCUGCCCUGGGGGGGAUGCGCGGGAUGGAGGGAUAGAGGGAUGCCCCGGAUUCCCCACAGCCAGGCAGCCUGCCCCACCAUGGGGAACCUUCCUGGCCUGCCCAUGGAGAUGGUGUGGGGUGGGACCGGCUCUGGGGCACACAGGGAAUGCCCGCAGCGGCCCAAGUUGUGUGUGCACGGGGUUGGCACUGCAGGGACACCUGGCCCGGGCCAGCGUCCACUGUGGCUCACUGCCUGCAGGGUGGCCGUGCCCGGGGACGGUGCCAAGCACUGGGCCAGCACAGGGAGAUGGGGGCGAGCGCGCUGCCUGCAGAGGCAGUGGGAUCUCACGGUACAAGACACAAGCACUUAGAGCACACGUGUGUGCGUGUGCGUGUCCCUCACAGGCACGGUACGGGCACGCACAUGGGACACAUGGGCACGCACUUACGCACGGUACUGUGGGGCUGCACAGGGGGUGAGCUGGUAGCCCACCCCAUGCACCCCCACACCCCCAAAACGCCCCAUCGCCCCACUGCGGGGCUGUGGAUGCCUGCCUGCGUGGUCAGGUGCCGCCUGCAAAGCUGGGCACAGCCGUAAGCGGUGUGGGCACAGCCCGGCACUGCUGCCUGCCCACCAGUGGGGCAGGAGGCUGGGGAGCACUGAAGCCUGGCCGAGGGGUGAUGGGGCAGGGCCGGGGUCCAUCUCUUACCCGGCAGCCCUGGCAUGGGCAGAAGGGGUCUUCCAUGGUGCUAAUGGGGAGCAGGAUGGACCAGCCCCCCCCCAGCUACUGCUAGCGAGAGGUACCAGCGGAGACACGGAGGGCUGUGCCAGCCUGCUUGCUCCAAGCCAUGUGGGGAUGCUCAGUCCCUGGUCAGUAUUAGUGGAGCAGGAUGCACAGGCAAGGCCAGGUGGGUUCAAAUCUGUCUUCCAGCUCCAGCCAAAAGGACCUGGAGCUUUUGGUUUGGGUUGGGGCCCUUCCCACCCUGCCGCUCCCCACUCAGCCAGUGCCCUGCGCUCCCUGUACCACAGCCCUGAGGCUGGCACGGGGGACACAGUGCAGUUUGGCACAGUGGCAGUGGGUGUUGAGCCCCAGCAGGACGUUCCAGCUCCCCCGGCCCCGUCCCAAGUCCCCCUGCCAUAUCGUGGCGAGGGGCACAGGUUCCCGCAUGGUGCCCAUGCCCUGCCCCACGUGUCACGCCGCUACUCUUCACCUCUAAUUGUUAGCAAUAACGCGCGCGUCCCUGGGCAGCGCUGCCUGUGCCAGUGUCUCUCCCGGUGUAGAGUUCUAAAGUAUCCUAGAUUUUAAUGAGAUUUAUAUUCCUGA